AGAACAUGUUAUCUGGAAGUCCAUUCCACCCCCGUGGUUAUUAAUUUCAGAACACAUCUGAACUCCCUCUCCGUUUUAGCAGGGGAACAUACAGCUCCUGGCCGGGUCGGAUUGCACGUUCUCACUUGGCGGUACCAAUACUACUACCAGAUUCUUCUUUGGAGUCAACUUUGAGAUCUUCCCUGAAUACAGCUUGGUGUCUGGAGACCCACUCAAGUGCCUAUGGUCAUCAGUCUCCUCCCAAAAUCACCUUGAUCUCUCUCGGCAAAGCAUCUACUGUCCUGAGCUCUGCUUUUGGAAGCAGCUUCCCCCUGAGCCCUGGUUGGAAGCACCUCUCUGGUGCCAUCCUGCCCAGCAUGGAGACCAAAAGCUUUGCAGUUUGGGAUUAUGUCGUGUUUGCGGCCCUCUUUGUCAUUUCCUCCGGGAUUGGGGUGUUCUUUGCUAUUAAGGAGAGGAAAAAGGCAACUUCAAGAGAGUUCCUGGUCGGGGGAAGGCAGAUGAGCUUUGGCCCCGUGGCCUUGUCUCUGACAGCCAGCUUCAUGUCAGCUGUCACUGUGCUGGGGACCCCCUCGGAGGUUUACCGCUUUGGGGCAUCCUUUGUGCUCUUCUUCAUCGCCUACACCUUUGUCAUCAUCCUCACUUCGGAGCUCUUUCUCCCUGUGUUCUACAGAUCUGGCAUCACCAGCACCUACGAGUACUUACAGCUACGAUUCAAUAAGCCAGUACGCUACGCGGCCACUGUCAUCUACAUCGUGCAGACGAUUCUCUACACAGGAGUGGUGGUGUAUGCCCCCGCCCUGGCGCUCAAUCAAGUGACGGGGUUUGAUCUCUGGGGCUCUGUGUUUGCCACAGGAAUUGUUUGCACAUUCUACUGUACCCUGGGAGGAUUAAAAGCAGUGGUGUGGACAGAUGCAUUUCAGAUGGUUGUCAUGAUUGUGGGAUUCUUAACGGUUCUCAUUCAAGGAUCAGCUCAUGCUGGUGGAUUACCCAAUGUAAUAGAACAAUCAAGAAAUGGAUCCCGACUAAAUAUAUUUGACUUUGAUGUAGAUCCUCUCAGACGGCACACUAUUUGGACAAUCUCAGUGGGAGGAACGUUUACGUGGCUUGGGAUCUAUGGUGUUAAUCAGUCGACCAUACAGCGAUGCAUCUCUUGCAAAACAGAAAAACAUGCAAAACUGGCCUUGUAUUUUAACUUGCUGGGUCUCUGGAUCAUUCUGGUGUGUGCCGUCUUCUCUGGCUUAAUCAUGUACUCCCACUUCAAGGACUGUGACCCUUGGACUUCUGGCAUUAUCUCAGCACCAGACCAGCUAAUGCCGUACUUCGUCAUGGAGAUAUUCUCCACGAUGCCAGGACUGCCUGGACUCUUUGUGGCCUGUGCCUUCAGUGGAACUCUGAGCACCGUGGCCGCCAGCAUCAACGCCUUAGCAACAGUGACCUUUGAGGAUUUUGUCAAGAGCUGUUUUCCCCAUCUCUCCGACAAGCUGAGCACCUGGAUCAGUAAAGGCUUAUGUCUCUUGUUUGGCGUGAUGUGUACCUCCAUGGCCGUGGCUGCAUCCCUCAUGGGAGGCGUCGUGCAGGCUGCUCUCAGCAUCCACGGCAUGUGUGGGGGACCAAUGCUGGGCUUAUUCUCUCUGGGAAUCUUGUUCCCAUUUGUGAACUGGAAGGGUGCACUAGGUGGCCUUCUGACUGGAAUCACCUUGUCAUUUUGGGUGGCCAUUGGGGCCUUCAUCUACCCUGCACCAGACUCCAAGACAUGGCCCUUGCCUUUAUCCACAGACUACUGUGUCCCAUCAAAUGUGACAGAAACGGUGCCCACAGCGCUACCUAGCAGACCUGCAAUCGCUGACACCUGGUAUUCGCUCUCCUACCUUUACUACAGUGCAGUGGGCUGCCUAGGAUGUAUUGCUGCUGGAAUAAUCAUCAGCUUCAUAACAGGUCGCCAGAGCGGCAAGGACGUUCAACCACUGCUAAUUAGGCCAGUUUGCAAUUUAUUUUGCUUUUGGUCUGAGAAGUACAAAAGACUGUGCUGGUGUGGUGUCCAGCAUGACGGUGGGACGGAGCAGGAAAACCCUGAGGGCGGCAGCUCCUGGAAGCGAGGGGCUGAAUCUGUCUUACAGAAUGGACUCAAGCAAGAAACCCUGGGCCAUAACCCAGGCCACGAUCCCAAGGACAAAAGCUACCACACUAUGGCGUUAGAGAAGGUCACCCACUUCUAAGUCGCGCACGCGAGCGCAAGGCGCACACAGUCUGCAUCCUGCUUGCCUGUUGGUCAGGGGACGUGCGUAGGUGUCACUGCUAGAAGACAGGCUUGUCUGAUGUCUAUUUAUACUUAUUUAUAACUACAAACAUGAAGGCUGCUCCCCUGGGUAUUCCCGGCCGGUCUUUGGAAGACCCCAACUUUCAGGUGAGAAGACGCAGCCCAGCCGUAGGUGCCCUGGCCACUUCCUCCUGGGCUGAGUUAGGACUGGGCGUCACCCCAGUGCAAAGAGGCAGCCCCUUGCUUUAUGUCCUAUUAAACUUCAGGUUGUUUUGCUUUG